UUUUUUUUUGCAUUUUCUUAAAGUAUAAUAUUUUUAAAAUAUUGUGUGAAAAUUUGAAGUGAAUCCGACAAAUUCUUUUCGAGUUAUUUAACAAUGACCAAAGGACGCUCGGGUGCUACGUGGCAUUCGAGAGCAGGUAGCUAGAAACAGCUGCAAGCAACCGACCUUUCGGGUUUCAUUGCCAUGAAUAUCUCCCCAUUUUAAUGUAGUACAAGAACUGAAAAAUAAUUUUUGGUUGCCAGUAUACCUGUAGUCGUUGCACUGAUCAGUCGAUAGUUUUGUGAUAAAUUAUUUCUCAAGUGAAUUAAAUUAUUAACCAUGGGACGUGAUUCUAGAAAGGUUUCAAGAGAACUUCGGAGUUCUGAAAAAAUUAAUAAGUCGCGUUCAGUCAAAAGAAAGAAUGUUUUUAAUCCGAAAACAGCCGAAAGUGAUGAAAGUAUUCAGAGUACAUCUUCUAAAAAAUUAAAACAAAACACUGAAGAUGAUGUACCUGAAGACAGCAGUACUGAAUUUCGAAUAAUAAAUUUGAUGAAAUUCGAGUGAUGAAAAACCGAAUCAUGAUAUGUGUCCAAAAGGCGAAGAAUCUUGGUGCUCUUACCAGCGCGCUGAAGCAAGAGGAGAGCUUGAUACCUAUUCUCACGAUUAUUCUCCCUUACCUUCUGAUGUUUUAAAAGCUAUCAAGCCUAUAUACGAAGGUCUUAGUAAUGAAAAUUUACUUUCAAGAUGUGUAGGUGGAUUCAAUCAGAAUAAUAAUGAAAGCUUUAACCAACUAGUAUGGAAAAUAUGCCCAAAAACGGUAAAUACUAGUUUUACUGUCGUACAAAUAGCUGCAUACGUUGCUAUGUGUAUAUUUAAUGAGGGUAUAAAUUCAUUAUUAGUCUUGAUGAAUACACUAGGACUUAAUUGUGGGCCUAAUUCUCAUCGGUAUGCAGAAAGAAUGGAUGCUGCACGUAUCAAAGUAGCAGAUAAGCGCGCUAAUGAUAACACCCGAGAAGGUCGAUUGCAACGUAGGCACCAGCAAAUCAAUAUUUUGGAAGCUGCUAUGACGGCUGAAGAGCUAUUAUAUGGUCCAGGAAUAGAUGACUCAGUAUGAAUCUCCAAGGACUUAUGAUGAUCACCGCAAAGGACUUCGGGAGGAACGGGCUCUACAAAAACAGCGAUAACUUUUUGAAUUAUUAAUUUUUUUUUUUGAAAUUUUCGUGAAGUCAAAUCGAAACGUGUUCUAAUAAAGCUAUGUUUUUAUUUUUGUCAAAUAAAGUAAUUAACUACAAAAAAAAAAUUAUUGAAAAUCAUCAUUUUUUCAGGCCUCUGAGUACC